CCACUCUAUCGAGCUUGACGCUGUCAGUAAGAGCCAACUUUCAACAUCGAGUCUUAUCCCGCGCCCACCAACGACCAAGAAUUGCGAUAUUUCGACCGCACAAGAGUGAAUUGCUCUUCGAAAUACCACAAGACCAACAAAAUCAACAACGACCCCAGCGCUGGGACAUAAAAAAAAGAUUCCUUCUCGCGGUGAAUAUCAAGCUGGCCUUGCAUGUUUAUCAUCAGUCGGCAGACCGCUUUUCACUCUUUCCCUUACUCGGUCUUGUGGUCACAUCUUUUUCAUCAUGACUUUCAUGACCAUCACGAACCCCAAAGUCCAUUUCAUGCAGUUUUCCCAGCAUGGCGUUCUGGUUUCUUCUCAACGCAAAAGCGAAGAUACCCUUGCAGCGUCUUUUCCACCAUUACAUUCGUUUCACUUCAUACCAUUCACCGGCGUUACAUCAAGAGAAAAGCCCAAAAGUUCUUUCAUGCAGCCUUUCCAGCACGGCGAUCUGGUCUCAUUUCCCAACAAGCGCGAAGAUGCCCCUGCAGCGUUUCUUUCUCAUACAUUCGUUUCACAUCCACUCAACCACCAGCACUACACCAAGACAGAACGACAGAAACAAGCAACAGAAGGAACGUAUUGUAUGUUUUUUUUUUCUACCUAAUCCGCGAGAAGAGAAGAAGGGGUUUUGGGAAAGAACAUCUCUACAUACCUGCCUGCCUUGUUUGCUGUGCACCAGAGAAGAAGUUCCCCGUCAACAGCACCAUUAUCCCCUGCCCCAAUUGCUCCAAGAAAAUCAAGUGGUUUUUAGUCCAGAGAAAAUGGAAACGAGAGAGAAUGUUUCCACCAAUGGCGUUUUUUGGAGGGAAGCUGCGAGUGGCUUGGCAUAACAGUGAUUAUUGAGUGACGCUUUGUAGUGAUGUACUUUUGAGCAGCUUCCUGAGUAAGCAGGUAUGA